UAUACAGAGUCCUUCCGUAAUUUCUUUGCUUUUCUUUCUCUCUCUGUGCCUUACAAAAGACAAGUAGAAACCGAAUUAUAUAAGGAAACAAACCCAGGACAGUUUUCAGAGUCUCCUAGUGCGUGUCUUCCUCUGACGAACCAAACAUGUCGUCUACUCCUUCAUCUUCCUCUAAUGGGGUACUCUCUUCCAUAACACUUCAUAUCCUUGCUCGCAUCAAAAGGUUUCUCAAACCCAAAGCGACCCGAGUAAGCUCUGAUCCAUCUGAUCAACUCGAAAUAUCAAUUACCAAAUCCGAGAGCAACAUCGACAAGGUUGAGAAUUGUGAAUCAGCGAGGCAAGCUAUGGAGAAACAGAGUUGUGAGGAGGAACAGUCUGUGAUAUCGUUGAAGAGUUGCGUGAAGAAGCUUCACUUUGGGAGCUGGGAAGAGAAGGAGAUGACGGCGAAAGAGAUUGAACGCCUAGCCAAAGAAGAUGUCAGGGUAAGAAAGCUGAUAACGGAGCUAGGAGUGGUGCCGGAGCUGGUGUCAAUGGUGGCGUCGGAGGUGGCUGGCCGGCAGCUAGCAGGGCUGAAGGCAUUGGUCCAGCUCGCCCAUGGAAGUUACAAAAACAAGGCUUUGAUAGUGGAGGCAGGUAUAUUCUCCAAGCUGCCAAAGAGAGUUGACCUUGAUGAAUCAACAAGAAGGGAAUGUGCAGAGCUGCUCUUAUCAUUGUCAUCUCUAGCAAACAGCCAAUUCCCUCUUGCUUCAUUAGAUUUUCUCCCAUUCAUUAAAGACAUUCUGGAAUCAGAUCCAAAUGUUGAAACCAAGCAAUCAUGCCUGGGUGCUUUGUGCAACCUCUCAACCGUGUUAGAGAAUGUAGGGCCUUUAGUUUCAGCUGGGGUUGUGCCUAUCCUCUUAGAACUGUCCUCUAUCAAAGAAAAUUCAGAGAAAGCACUUGCUACUUUGGGAAACUUGGUGGUGACCUUGAUGGGAAAAAAGGCAAUAGAAAAUAGCUUAAUGAUGCCUGAGAGCUUGAUAGAGAUUUUGACAUGGGAAGAUAAACCAAAAUGCCAGGAGUUGUCAGCUUACAUUCUGAUGAUUCUAGCUCACCAGAGCUCAUCACAAACACAGAAGAUGGCACAAGCAGGGAUUGUCCCUGUGCUACUUGAAGUAGCUCUGUUGGGAAGCCAAUUAGCACAGAAGAGAGCACUAAAGCUACUGCAAUGGUUCAAGGAUGAGAGGCAAUCAAAGAUGGGGCCACAUUCUGGGCCACAAACACCAAGAAUGGCGAUGGGCUCACCAGCAGACCACAUAGAAGCAAAAGAGGGCAAGAGAAUGAUGAAGAGCUUGGUGAAACAGAGUUUGCAUAGGAACAUGGAAAUUAUUACUCAGAGAGCCAGCACCCCCGGGGAUCCAACUAGGUUGAAAUCAUUGGUUAUCAGCACAAGUUCCAAGAGUUUGCCUUAUUAAAUGUGUUCUCUCUCUCUCUCUUUUUUUUUUUUUUUUUGAGUGCCUUAAUUUUUUCCUCUUUAAUAUUAGAAUUCCCGGAUCUGUGCUGUGCCUUCACCAGCAGCCAUUGACGGGCCAGAAAUUUACAGAAUGAUUGACAAUGGAAGAAAUAUCACAUUUCUUGCACAUCUUCAGUUCAUCUAGCGGCCAUGUCUAAAGGAAAACUUGAUAUGUCCUCCUUUUUAACAAGGCAAAAGACAUGUCACUUAAACGCAAACCGGAGCUUUCACGUUAGAACGAACAUGGCCGAUCUAGUACCGAGUUCCACGGCAGGAGUCACAUGGCCCACAUCUCAUGACCAGUUCAUACGAUAACACUCCUCAUUUUUCCCCCCAGAAUAAGGCGCAAGCAGAAUUUCACACUCCUCAUCAAUAAUCUUUAUGCCCAAACACAGACAGAUCAAAUUUCGAUGAUUUAGAGGGUCAAAGAGGGUCAACUCAUGAAGUGUAACCUUGUACAAAAAUGUAUAACAUGUAAUAUGGGCAAUCCAUUUUUAAAGUCAAGUAUUCCUAGUUCACUCUAAAAUCAUUACAAAUAGUCUCACGCUAGAGAACGAUACAACACAUGGCCCCGUCUACUGCACUAAGCAACUCGCGGCCACUGGCAUCCUGAGUCCAAAUCCCGAAAGACUACAUGGGAAUUUGAUGUAGGCUGAAUGACAUCGGAUCAAAACGGGACGCGGAAACCACCUCAAAAAUCAUUAGUUACAGCAGUAGUUAAGGCCGCCAAUGAGGUUUAGCAGACAUGAAAAGUUCAAGGAAAUAACAAGCACUGUUAAACAUGCAUUACCCAAAAUAAACUCAAAACAGCAUUAAUUAGUGCUUUUCCAUGUUAAUAGAUCAGUAAAUUUCACACUGAGCAGUUUUAAGCAUGAAAGAACACCACAACACGAAAUGCAAAAGGUAUUUCCAGGGUAGUUAAAAGGAGGAAUUCAACAUGUUUAGAAUUCAGAGAGAGCACUUGCUAAAAGAGAGCCAAAAUCUUAAUUCCAGGUGUUUGAUAGCCAUGCUCAUUUCGAUCAGAAGUUUUGCUCUAUAUUAAAAAUACCAGAAGCUCACACUGUCCCAAACUACAAAACAGAAUCUAAACAACUUAAAUGCACUAAAUUUAAGUGAUCAAACAAUAAGAAUCUAACUAAAAGAAAAGGCAUGCAUACUGAGACAAAAGAUUAGAAAAGAAUAUAAAAAUAUUGCUCUCAGUGAAGCACAUCAGACUCAGAAAUAAAAACAUAAUAGCCACAUCGGGACUUAGGCAUUGAUCUAUAGAAGCACGCUAAACAAACAGCCGGCUCAAAAGGAGGGUUGGCGCAGAAUAAUUAAAAAGACAGACGAGGAACAUCCAAAUAUACAAAAGAAUGUUGUUUAUUCUUUAGCUGUGCACAAGAGAAUGGAAUCAAUUCAGAGUUUUCCCAAAACAAAAAUCUAUCUUUUAGAAAGUUCAUUCAUGUCUUUUGCUUAUCUGUUAACCUCUAACAGGGUGAAGAUGUAAUAGAAUAUUGUAAUGCAUAGCUGUCAAAAUCAUAUACAUGUACAUUGCUCCAGAAGAACAGGUAAAAAUUGACAAAAGCCCAAAAACUUACUGUAAAUGAUGGACACAUCCAUCACACAAGAGUGACAGCAUGACACUCACGUAGAAAAUUUUAACCAAGGUUUUUGAUAUCACUGGCAACAUUUCAAUAUGGUAUCAAUAACUUUGAAGCUUGAAGCCGGCCGCAUUUUUGACAAAGACUCAUUAAUAACUAGGGAGAGGGGA